AUGAUGUCAAAACGACUUAAAUCAAAGAAUAUUCUACACAGCAUUGUGCAUUCGAAACAAAAUGGACAUCGCUUCAAUGUAUUCAAGGUGACCUCAUUAUUUUUGUUUCACGUCCUUUGCGGAAAUUUGAUGAAAACACUUGUUGUGUAAAAUUCAGAGAUAGAAAUCCAAGUUUUUUAGGUUUAUUCUUGAUUAAAUAUCUUAUUUAUGUUUCCAGAUAAAUCCGAUUUUUUUCGAGUUAGUGGACAAGCGCUUGCAACUACAUGGAAUUCCAAAGAGGCUUGUGGAACUCGAAAAAUGCUGUACCAUACACAAUUUUGAUGUUAAGCGUUGUUCGGAAGUAAUAAAGGUGAGAAUUAAGUUUUUGUAUAAAUAUACAGUAAAAUAUAACUUGUAUUUUGUUCAUAUUCACUGUAGUGAGUCUGAAGUCUGGUCAACGUAGCUAUAGUGUAGAAUAUAAUUUCAACUUCCAUGUUUAUAAUGCUAGAUAUUAAUUCUUUAAUAUCUUAGGAUCUAGCUCAACUUAUGUUUGAAAAGACAUCUCCUGAAGAAACAAACAAACUUAGAGAUCUCUGCACAGUAAUAAAUGAUUUCUCUGGACCUCAGGUACGACAUGCUUUCAUGCAGACAGCCUUGAAAUUUGAUGAAGCGCAACUCAAAUUUCAAUAAUAGUUCUCCUUUCUUACGUAUCUUUAUAUUUAUAGUAGCUUUUACAUACAGAAAUAUUGAAAGCUGUUGUAGCUUAUACUUCUUUGUAUAUUAUUAGUGAUUUUCCCCAUUUUUUCUUAGGAAUUUUUUUGGAGUAUUAUGACAACGUAUAAGCACUGGUUAGCGACCUUUGUGGUUACCCACAGCAAGUCAAGUUGCGGUGUAGACAAUAAGAAGUGACACAUUCACAUGCCGUGCAUAAUUUUCCAUAUUCUCUCGAUUUUCCUUAUUAGUUGCUGCCAGAAUACUUCCAUUUUUACAAAAUGCGUUCAGAAUUUCGAUUCAGCAAAUGCAUCAUAGCCUAUGUAGUAAUUUGCUACUUUUUUACAACAUAAUAUUUUAAGUACUUUUUGAGUUUAAAAAACUGGUCUGGUACAUUUUCCACCAAUCAAACUUUCAAGAAUUUCCUGAGUCAUCUUUGUCACGGAUCUGUGGGGGAACGUGUACCAUUUCCAGUCGGGAGAAUGAGGAGUGGGAGAGAGAUUGUUCUUUGGACUUGUGGGAGGGUGGUUGUUCUUUAGACUUGUGAGAGGGUGGUUGUUCUUUGGACUUGUGGGAGGGUGGUUGUUCUUUAGACUUGUGAGAGGGUGGUUCUUUGGACUUGUGAGAGGGUGGCUGUUCUUUAGACUUGUGAGAGGGUGGUUGUUCUUUGGACUUGUGGGAGGAUGGUUGUUCUUUGGACAUGAAUGCUGGUACUAACUGGUAAAAAACUUGGUCUCUUUGAUUGACUUGUGUUUUUAUGUUUUCCAGAUUCUGAUCAGAAUUCUAUGUUAUGCAGAUGUAUAUGGUUUUGAUCAUCUUAAAACCAGACCAACGGGUUGGUAUCACUAGUAUAAUGUACCUUGCUAAGUUACUUUGUUUUUCCUAACACCAGUAAUAUGUAAGAUAAUAUAUCGUAAGUGUAUUAGGACAUCCAAAGGGGUUACAGGGGUCAACUUCCAUUUCCCUCUGUGGGGGUGGUAUGGAUAUUUUCUGGAAUGACCCAAUAGGGAAAAGACUCUAACUACACAUAUUUAUUUUGACUUUUAGUGGAGGAUCUUCAAAAUCUGUAUUCAUCAGCACUAGAUUUAUUACACAAUAUGAAUUGUUAUGUAAGUGUUGGUACAGUAUGCAAUAUUUACAUAUACAUUGUGGAAAUUUGACAAGGACAGGACUAUGUUAUUAUUGCCUAAUUAUAUAUUUUAUUCAAUUAGAACAACAAUGUAGCAAGAAAUCUUGGACUUAAUGAUCAGUUGAUCAAUCAAUUGUUUUCAUUAUUAAAACAAAAAGAGACAUAUGUGUAAGUGUACAAUAAUUUGAAUAAGGUUAGAUUUUCAUUUCCGUGAUACAAUUUAUUCUGGACACCCAACUCCCGGUGUGGAAAACAACAAUUUAUCCAGACUUGUCUAAUAAUAUAAUUUGUGUUCUAGAUAUGCAUCCCAUCUGUUAGAUGAUGUACUUCGAAAUCGAAGCAACAUACUUUCAUUAAACCAACUGAAUAAUUUACCACAACUUGUCUCCCAAAUGAGUGACCAUCAACUGGCAAAUUUCUGUCGAGUUUUAUAUUUUGUCCUCACCGAUGCUGAAGCAUGCGAAGAUAGAAAUACAUGUAAGUUGUUAUUAAAAUAUCAUUAAAAUAUCAUUAACCCAUUAUUUUAUGGGUCUGUGUAAGACAUAUUAUUGUCGUGAGGAAAGUGUUGGAUACUGAUGGAUAAACUUUAAUGUUAUUUCAAAACAGCUAGUGUGCAUGAAUUCUCUAACAAUCUAAUUGUAUAUUUUGAAUCAAUUUUGAUACAUCAUCAGCAGUAUACUUACAUAUCUAAUAAAUAUACUGCUAAAGAUCAAUCAAAUGGGUAAACAUUGUUUAUACUUUCUAUUCUAACAGUAUUGAAUCAAGAUACAAACAAGAGGUUUCAGGAACGAGCUGAUGUUGCUGACAACAACCAAGGAAUUUUACUCUCAAUCACAGAAUUUUUGCCCAGAGUCUGCACAUUAGCAAGUGAAUCAAUGGGUAAUGUAUUCUCUUUCUUCAUUCUGGAAUAUUUAACACUUUUUGUUACUUCACCCUUUUAAUUGCUGUAUUAUCUUAAGAACUUUCUGAUGUUUUUGCAGAUAAAUCAUCACCAUUUGUUCUUGGGUCACCUUUGGCUUCAACAAGGUUGCAACAGUUGACGUCAUUUUUCAAUGGUGUAUUGGAAGAUAUUACAGACAGAGGUUGGUGUUAUCUCUUUGAACUAUAAUUACAGUUGCAGAAAGAGUUGUAGAUGUAUCAUAAAAAGCAACUAUUGAUAACAAGAAAUAAUGUUCAAUGUGUUGUGUGUUUGCAGAUGAUGGUGCAUCAAUUUUACACUCCCCAUAUUUUUCAUUGUCUCUGAAGUUUUUCCAAGAUGUCAUGUUAAAAGUUGAGGCACUGUUUGUUUUGUGUGUGCUUCUCACAGGAAAAUACAAAACUUCAGUAAGUAAUAUCUGUCAUAAGAAGCCUUGAUGGACGAUGCUUACUGUUUGACUUUAACAUAUUUUCACCUUUUCUUGUAUUAGGUUCAAGAACAACUUGCAACUUUGCGUUUGAUCCCCAAACUUUGUAUAUUUUUUGAUGAGCUGAACUGGACUGACAACAGGUUAGAAACAUAUCUUGUUCUUUCAUUAAUAGUUUAACUUAAUAAAUUGCUACAUGGUGUUCAAAUUACUAUUUUUUGUUCUGCCAUUUAAUUAUUAUUUAUUUCUCGUUUAGCGAAAUAUCUGAAAGUGAGGAUUGUCAUUGUGCACAGGUAAAGUACAAACUUUCACAUGAAGUAAUGUCUAGUAAAACGUACUUUGAACUUACACAAAGAAUAAAUUAUUAAAGAAAUAAAUUAUUAAUGGAACCUCUUCUUGUUUUUAUUAGGAGUCAGCCCUGAAGAUCCAGUUUCUUCGUUUACUUCAUAGUUUUUGUGAUCAUCAUGAGUAAGUGACCAGAAAAUACGAGUGCAAAUUUUAUUGAUAGCUUUAUACCAAAACUGAAGGUUUUAAAUUUCUACAGUUAAUUAAAACUUGUUUCUUUUUUUAGUAAAAAAUACCUCCUACUCACACCGACAGAGCUACAUGAACUGAAAUUAAUUUAUGGUAAAUAACAGUUAUUGUUUUUUGAAAACUGAAAUAAUUUAACUGGGAUAGGAUUUUGAAGAGUCAUAAAACUCGUAGGUAAGGUAAGGUCAAAAUAACGAGGCCUGGCUGGCAUGGAGCACAUUGAGAUUUUCAAAACAAUAAAAAGACAAUGGAAUAUUCCAAUCAUUGGAUCGUGAAUGGAUGCCACUUUUGUUAUGUUGGGUAUAUCAUACAAAGGAAAUUUCGAAUUCAGCACAAGAUUUGUAUUGUUGCUUGCAUGCAGUUUCUGACUCAACUGUGGCCUAUGUAUUCUUUUCUCAGAACAAAAUAAACUUGCGGUUCCUGAGGCAAUCAGCAACUGUGACAGUCUGCAGUGUUGUGAAGGAGAACAAGGAUUGCUAACAAAGACUUUGGAUAUAUUGAAGGCUGUACCAAAUCUCUCGUCUUUGAGGUAAGGAUAUUUUUGAAAUGAUAUCUUGACAUUGGGUUCAGUAUCGACUUCUUGGUUUUUCCUAUGAUUUUGCGUAAUUCGUCAUCAAAAUGCCGACGCCUUUACCAAGUAACUCUUUAUAACAGGUUUUGUCAUAAAAUUUUCGACCUAGAUUCUGGCUGUCUCGUGCUCUCGAAGGUUUCCUGCGUGGCAAAGCCUCGUAUGCAGACCAAAUAUUUCUCAUCAAACGUGGCUUGUUGAAACUACUUGUCGAUCAUAUCUGUUCCAAAGAAAUGAAGACCAAGGAAGUGCUACAGAGCAGUUUUGAUUUACUUGGAGAACUAAUGAAGUUUAAUUACGUCGGUUUUAAAGAAUUUAAUGACGUAAUUACGGAGGCACAGGUAAUUGGUUGAUUGGUCAAACGAGAAUGAGAGUUGAGAAGCGAGAGUUUGCAUGAGAGUUGAUGUGAGUUGAGAAGCGAGAGUUUACAUGAGAGUUUCCUCAACUCUCGUGCUCUGGUCAAAAGAGAACAAGAGUUGCAUGAGAGUUGAAAAGCGAGAGUUUGUAUGACAGUUUUCUCAACUCUCAUGCCCCGGUCAAACGAGAACAAGAGUUGCAUGAGAGUUGAUGAGAGUUGAGAAGCGAGAGUUUGCACGAGAGUUUUCUCAACUCUCGUGUCCUGGUCAAACGAGAACAAGAGUUGCAUGAGAGUUGAUGAGAUUUAAUCGAUUUGAGAUCAUGACCGAAGCUUAAGUGCUUAAACUCAGUAAGCGGUACAGUACAACACAUGACUGUCCACUUCACAAAUGUUGACAACUAUAGAAGCAAAGAUAUUAAACUACAUCUCUCAAUUUUUGUCUCACACUCUCACUCUCAUAACGGCAGGUUGACCAUCACAUGCUGCAGCAUGAUAGUUGUGUUGAAUUGACUUACCAGAAUGAUUAAUUUUUCUUUUUUUUCAGUUUGAAAAAUUUUUUCUGGUGAUGACUAGCAAUGUGGUCGACUCUAAUAUGUUCAUGAGAUGUUUGAUUUUGUCUUACGAACACUUUUCCUCCCAUCAGGAAUUCUCUGGACGUAAGUGGAAUUAUUUUGCUUGGCUUACACAUCGUAUUAUGAAUUAUUUUGCUUCGCUCUUCCACAACAAAUACGCAUCGUAUUUUGAAUUGUUUUUCAUACCUGUCUAUUAAAAUGUAGGUCUGGCAUUCCAUCUAACAGUGAUGGUGUCAAAUUUUGGGCAACGUGUGUAUUUAUUACACAAACUUAUUAUGUCCGUCACGGUCGAGACACUAACACAGGUGAGAUCAAUACAAUGGUUUCAAUUAUACACAGGAUGAUAAAUUGAUAAAACAUGGUCACAUGCAGUAAUUAUAUUUUCCAAUGUUCUACAGGAAAACGUGAGUUGUUUAAACACAGCUUUGGUGUUUCUAAUGUUUGCGUUGGACAAGGGAUAUCUGCCACUAUAUCUCAAAGCAUUUCGUAAUGAAGAAGCCGCUUUAAAAAAACCUGGGUUCAUACUUGACAAUUUAAGGUAUAUGGGAUUAUUGAAUAUACAACUGGAGUCAAACAACAAAAUAUAAUUUCUAAAUAACCAAACUUUUUCAUGCUAUAUAGAUCUUUGUUGAAAUUCUGGAAAAGUCAUUACUUAAGUCGUGGAAAAGACUGUUCAGCUCUAGAACAGGUAUGAUGUUAUACUUUUAGUGAGCAUUGGUGGAGGAUGAGUGCGAUAAUUAUAUUUCUUCUUGCAGAGUUCAUGUAUCAGUAUUCACCAAUGGAGAGCCGCAGUGGAUAUCUUACUUCAAGAAGAUGUCAGCAAUCCUAAAGCUGUUGUUCAUUACAUCUCGGGAAAAGUUGAUCGAAAUUCUUAA